AUGAGUGAGGAGAGGAAGAAGAGUGAGACUAGGGUUGAGUCUGAGGGAACCAUCGAAGAAGUAAUUGCAGAGCGCAAUUCGACGAAGGAGCAGAAGAAGAAGAAGAAGAAAAACCGAGAGAAUAAGGAUGGGGAGAUAGCUGCGCAUGAAGGAGAGAAAUUGGGCGAGGAGGAUCUAGUUAAGAAGAAAUCGGAGAAGAGAAGCUUCAAUUCUGAAUCUGAGGAUGAUAGUGGGAAGAAAUCGAAGAAGAGAAACAAGGAGAAAAGGGCUGAUCCUGAAGCUGGUGACGAUGGUGUGAAGAAAUCUAAGGAGUCAAGGGUUGAUUUUGAAGCUGACGACGAUGGUGAGAAGAAAUCUAAGAAGAAAAAUAAGGAGAAAAGGGUUGAUUUGGAGGCUGAAGAUGAUGUGAAGAAAUCGAAGAAGAAGAAUAAGAAGAGUAAGAAAGAAUCUGGUGGUGAUGUGAUAGGAAACAGUGAAGGAAAUCGAAGUGGUGAGGAUGCGCUCGUGAACACUGAUGAUGCUAAGAGGGAAACGGGAAAGAGAAAGCGUGAUGAUAGUGAUUUGGCAGCUGAAGAAAACACAGACGAGUCCAACAAGGAGAUGAAGAGGAAAAGCAAGAAGAAGAAACCAAAUGUGGGUUCAGAAGUUGAAGAAAACAGCAUGAGCUCUGCAGAAGAUGCGAAGAAGAAGAGCAAGAAGAAGAAACAAAGUGAUGAUCAAGAGGCUGAAGAAAACAGCUUGAGCUCUGCAGAAGAUGCAGAGGCGAUACGCAAGAAGAAGAAACCAAGUGAGGAUCAAGACGUUGAAGAGAACAACAAUGACUCCGCGAAAGAUGCAGAGGCUGAAGGGAACGUCGUGAACUCCACGAAAGACGCAAAGAAGAAAGGGAAGGUGAAGAAGAAGAAGCAAAGCGCAGAUACAGAGGCUGUAGAAAACAGCAACAACGACGGCACGAAAGAUGCAAAGAAGAAGAAACCAAGUGAAGAUUCAGAGGCUGAAGAAAACAACAACGAUUCAACGAAAGACGGAAAGAAGAAAAGGAAGAAGCAGCAAAAGGGUAAGAAGAGUGAUGAAGAUGCGGCCACCCCAUCAAGUAAAAGCUCUAAAAAGGUGAAGUUUUCUGAUCAAGUGGAAGUUUUUCCUGCUGAGGACGAAGAAAGCGAAGAAGAAGGAGGAGAAGUAGAAGAAGUAGAGCUGGUGAGGGGUAAACGGUUUACAGAGGAAGAAGACGAGUUGAUAAAGAAAUCAGUACAAGAGUACAUCGAUAACCAUGCUUUAGGAGAUGAAGGGGUAAAAAUGAUUAUGGAGUGCGGGUCACACCCAGAAGUUAAAGGCUGCUGGAAAGAAAUAGCUGCUGCUUUACCUUGGAGGCCAUAUGUUGGCGUGUACAAUCGUGCCCAUACUCUGUUUGAAGCAGGAUCCAAAGGUAUAUGGACUCAAGAGGAUUUCGAUUUCCUUGUAGAGUACGUGAAGAAACACGGGAAUGAUUGGAAAGCAAUUGGGGAUGCAAUGGGCAAAAGCAGGAAGCAUGUCAAAGACGCUUGGAGGAGAAUAAGACUGAGUGUGAAGAAGAAAGGGCAUUGGUCGAGGGAGGAGUACCAAACUCUCUUUGACCUUGUGAACAAGGACAUUAGGAUGAAAGCAUUCCAAGAGAAGCGAGCAAAGCACGGGAUGCUCCGAGAUAACAUCCCUUGGAUGGCCAUAAGCGACAAGCUCAGAACGAGGGACCACACGCUUUGCUGCAACAAAUGGUAUGAUCAGCUGCAAUCACCAAUGGUGGCAAAGGGCAUAUGGGCAAACGUGGAUGACUAUAGACUCAUCGACGAGCUCACGAACCUGGAUGCUGCUUGCGUCGACGAUGUGGAUUGGGAUGAUCUUUUGGAUAAUCGAGAUGGAGAUAUUUGUAGGAAGCGGUGGAACCAGAUGGUGCAUAAUAUCGGUUUGCCCGGAAGCAAAACAUUUGCAGAACAAGUCGAGAUCUUGUCUAAAAGGUAUUGCCCUGAAUUGGCUGAAGACAGAGAAGAUUUUGACAACAGACCCUUUGAUCCUGAAGAUUAA